ACUCCAAUCAAUAACAACAAUACCAGCUCAAGUAAGCUGCAACAGAUCUCAUUCAGUGACUUUAAUAGUGUAAUCAAUAAUAAUAAUAAUAAUAGUACAAGUAAUAAUAAUAAUAAUGAUGGAGUUGAAGGUGCAGAUACAUCAUCAUCACAACAGCAACAACAACAAUAUGGACAGAGAAGUCAAAGUCAAAUGGUCAUGACAAGACUUGGAAAGAGUCAAAUGAAUCUGCGAGAGUCACAUAUUGGUGAAUGGAGUGAAUCGUCCGAAGAUAGUGCAGCAAGACAUAGCCAUAUUGAGGAUGGUUACGAUGGCAGUGUGGUCAAUAUGAUGGACGAUGACGACUCGUCCGCAAGAUCGGUCGACGACGAUGGCUCAACGACGUCGUCGCACAGUGACACCAGCUCAGAGUCCGACAUCGAGAUGGACACCUACAACUCAGAGUACAACAUGCACGACGAUGAAGAGGAGGAGAAACGGCGUAAACGACGAAUGUUAAUAUAUAAGCGAUGGUAUGUGCGCUUUGACUUUCUAAUGGAGCACAUCAACAUCGUACUCAGUGUACUCUCAGUUGGCAUCUACAUUGCACUCAGUUACAUGAACAGACGGAAGUACCUCAAGAAGACAUCGACUAUCUUGGACAUUAUAUCACUACUUCCAAUAUUUGUCACAUUGUUACCCAACUCUUUGGUCAACGUCGUCCCUCUGGGAUUCCUCAGAAUUCUCAGGAUAUUGAAGGCUCCAAGGAUAUUCAAGUUGCAUGGUGCUGGAACCAUUUGGUUAAAGACUAGUCAGCUGCUAUUGUCACUGUUCAUAUUUAUUAUUUUAUUUGCAUCGAUGAUCACAUCGGUCGAAGGCAUUCCAUUCCAUACAUCGAUUUACUAUGCCGUGGUCACACUGUCCACAGUAGGAUAUGGAGACAUCACUCCACAGACCAAUCUUGGUCGUAUACUGGCAAGUGUAAUGAUCCUCAUGGCACUGAUGUACUUGCCACUUAAGUCAUCUGAGCUGCUGGCGCUUCUCAACGCAUCAAAGUCAUGGGAUCGAGGCUUCAAGACCAGCCACAAGAAGUACGCCGCCAUUGUUGGCAAUAUAUAUGAGAGAUCCCUCAACACAUUCACCAAAGAGUUCUUCUUUAAUGCAGACGAUAUUGAUCGAUCAAAUUUGAGAGGAGCGAGUAGCAUAUUCAUAUUCUCCAAGCAAUCGAUGGACGACACAAACGAUGACAUGGACAACAUCUUGAGAGUACUCACAGUGAGAGCAUUCAUUCACAAUACACCUAUAUUUGCACAAGUCAUGAAUCCAAGGCUAGUACCAAAGAUGUUGACUGCUGGUGCCACUCAAGCCAUAUCUAUCCAGGAGUUGAAGAUGAACCUGCUUGCUCAGUCUUGUCUAUCACCUGGCUUCAGCACACUUCUUAUGAAUCUACUGCGAUCAGACUUGCACAACUACAACGACUUUGAUGAGUAUGGCUCAGGCAACAGCUAUGAGAUAUUCACUCAACGAUUCUCCAAUGUAUUCGUUGGACUCCCAUUCAAGAAGGUUGCCAAUUUUAUAUAUGACCGAUUGGGUAUGAUUGUAUUUGGAAUAGAAUCAGUGAUCCAUAGGAAGCAGAGGAUCAAGAUGAAUCCAUCCAAAGACUAUAUCAUACAGGACCACGAUAGUGGCAUCCUCUUGGCCAAGAGCAAACUGUCCGCCCGAAGGAUCAGGUUUGUCACACUCGAGAUGUUGGCCGAGAAGAAUGUCGACUCUACCAAUGACUCUGUAGCUGUAAGUACACCUCUCACACAGUCUCAUAUCGAUGGAAUAAGAUGUAAACUUAUAUUAUCCGAAAAGGUCGAUGGCGCUAAAUCGCCAAAGAAUCGUGGCAAGUCAUUGCAUAGGCUCAUCAUCGAGAAGAAGAAGGAGCUGAACCAUGACUUGUCCGUUCUUCAAACAGUUCACAGACUUGACAACCCGUCAGCCAAUGUCAAGGAUUUCUUCAACAACAGCAACAGUAACACUAGUAACACCAGUAACAACAACAGCAGCAGCAGUGGUGGUGCUCACCAACACCAAAGGUACAACAGUAACAAUAGUGACACAUCAAACAUUGACUUUAUGUCAUCGGAAGAGACAUUGAGCGAAGGUCAAACCAACCUCUCGCCCGUUCCCUCUGACCUCAGUUUGACGAUGGGCGUCUACACGCCACCACUGCCACCCCCUCUCGCGCAAUCGACUAAGGCACCCAAACAAUUCUGGACGACUAGGUACUUCCAGGACUACCUGGUCGACACGUGCGAGGACAUUCAAUCAAUCAACAACCACAUCAUCCUGGCUGGACAUAUUAUGAACAUCGAGUUCUUUAUCCAUCCACUGCGCGACUCUUAUCUGCGAAGAUACGAUCCAAUCGUCGUGCUGACGCCCAAGUUCCCCGAGUCUGAAUGGGAAAAGAUCAGCAAGUAUCCAGAGGUCUACAUUGUUGAAGGCAAUGCCGCCAUCUUCCGCGAUCUUAAGCGAGCUGGCAUUCUCAAGUGUUCCAAGCUUGUUGUGCUCUCGCAAGAGACACACAGCAGAGAGCCCUUCAUCAAUGACAAGGACACACUACUGGCGAUCAUCUGUGCCAAGGAUGUGAUCAAGAAGCACAACAUCUUCCCCAUCUGGGAGUUGG